ACCAAAAUGAUCAAGAAGGCCAUGGUGAUGCUGGAGAACGACAAGCAAAUAAGAAGGGAUGAGCGGGAGAGAACCCUGUCUGAGAGAGUCCCGGCAUUAGAGAUGUCUGGCAUGUCAGCGCAGGAUCUGCAGAAUCUUUGCAAAGAGCUACACCAGAAGAUCGAUGUUGUGGACGAGGAACGUUACGACAUUGCUUUAAAAGUGGCCAAAAGUGACAUUGAGGUGCGAGACCUGUCUCAGAAGAUCUACGAGCUCAAGGGUAAGAUGAAGAGGCCAAACCUGAAGAGAGUGAGGGUGUCUGCAGACGCCAUGCUGGGAGCGCUGCUUGGCUCCAAGGUCAAAGAGUCUGUGGACUUCAAGGCCAACCUGAAAACUGUGAAGAAAGAGGAGGAGAAGAAAGAGGAAGUGACUGACUGGCGUAAGAACGUGGACGCCAUGUCGGGUAUGGAGGGCAGGAAGAAGCUGUUUGACGCUGGCCAGUAGACGUCUCGGCCAACACAUUUGCAGAUGGAGAUGAUUAGUCGGAUCAACAGAUCAACUCAUGUAACCAAUCUCUGUAGACAUUUUCAAUGGGAUGCAUCCAUUAUGACGUACUUUAGCUGCAUAAGGUACAAUUCAUUCGGGUAACGUUUGAAUUUUAUAGCAAAGAUCAUACGCUUUGUAGUUUUAGUAAGAUGUCCCCUCAAGUAGUGAGAUGUGCAGCACACAUCUUAAGUAAAACAUA